AUGGCGACCAAUUUCAACGACAUCGUCAAGCAGGGCUACGUGAAGAUGAAGAGCAGGAAGCUUGGGAUCUACCGGAGGUGCUGGCUGGUGUUCCGGAAAUCCUCCAGCAAGGGACCCCAGCGGCUGGAAAAGUAUCCAGAUGAGAAGUCAGUGUGCCUCCGAGGCUGCCCCAAGGUGACAGAGAUCAGCAAUGUCAAGUGUGUCACACGGCUCCCCAAGGAGACCAAGAGACAGGCAGUGGCCAUCAUAUUCACCGACGACUCAGCACGUACCUUCACCUGCGACUCAGAGCUGGAGGCAGAGGAGUGGUACAAGACUCUCUCUGUGGAGUGCCUGGGGUCGAGGCUCAACGACAUCAGUCUGGGAGAGCCGGACCUCCUGGCCCCAGGAGUGCAGUGCGAGCAGACAGAUCGCUUCAACGUCUUCCUGCUGCCCUGCCCCAACCUGGAUGUGUAUGGCGAGUGCAAGCUGCAGAUCACCCACGAGAACAUCUACCUCUGGGACAUACACAACCCCCGCGUGAAGCUCGUCUCGUGGCCCCUCUGCUCACUGCGCCGCUAUGGCCGGGAUGCCACACGCUUUACCUUCGAGGCUGGCCGGAUGUGUGAUGCUGGGGAAGGGCUCUACACCUUCCAGACGCAGGACGGGGAACAGAUUUACCAGCGAGUCCACAGUGCCACCCUGGCCAUCGCCGAGCAGCACAAGAGGGUCCUACUGGAAAUGGAGAAGAACGUGAGGCUGCUGAACAAGGGCACGGAACAUUACUCAUACCCCUGCACGCCCACUACCAUGCUGCCCCGCAGUGCCUACUGGCACCACAUCACAGGUUCCCAGAACAUCGCUGAGGCCUCCAGCUAUGCCGGUGAGAGGUAUGGGACGGCCCAGGCCAGCUCAGAAACGGACCUCCUCAACAGAUUCAUCCUGCUAAAGCCAAAGCCCAGCCAGGGGGACAGCAGUGAGGCCAAGGCUCCUUCCCAGUGA